AUGGCGCCGGUCGUGGCGGUCAUGGUGCCGCUCUAUGUGAUCUUCCGCUCGUCGGGUCUGGUCGGCACCCUGCCCGGCCUCAUCCUCGCCUACACCACCUUCAACCUCCCCUUCGCCAUCUGGAUUCUCAAAGGCUUCUUCGACAAUGUUCCCUACGCGAUCGAAGAGGCGGCGCAGUGCGACGGCUGCACCCGUUGGCAGGCGUUCAGGCUGAUCAUUCCGUUGGUGGCGCCGGGGAUCGGCGCGUUCAUCGUGCUCUGCGUGCUUUUCGGCUGGAACGACUUUCUGUUCGCGUCGAUCAUCGGCUCGGGCGGCGCCAAGACCCUGCCGGUGGCGACGGCCGAGCUCGUCCAGCCCGUCAAGAUUCAGUGGGGGAUGAUCAUGGCCGCAGGCGUCGUAACGACGGUGCCGAUGAUGUUUCUCGGUCUUCUGAUCCGGCGCUAUCUCGUUGCCGGGCUCACCAUGGGCGCGGUCAGGGAAUAG